AUCGCGAGCUGCGUCCCUCGCCAUGCUCAAGACCGACUCCAAGUGCCCCGUGAUGCGGCUCUUGUGCUUCUUGCUCCUCACGCUGCCCAGCACCGUGGCCUCGUUGGCGCGCACCGCCCAGCGCUCGCCAGCAGCGAGCACCCGGCUCUCUGGCGCUAUUCGCCCCGCCUCACCGGCGGGCGUGCUCGGGAGGCGGUCGUACAGGGCGCGCGCAGGGCGUUUUCGCACCUCCCCGCCGCUCUGCGUCCGUAUGAUGUGCGGCGCGUGCGGGGGGGAGAGCCCAGGUGGCGGCGCCGAACGACAUCAUAGCGGGUCGGCAGAGGAGGACGACUGCUUGGGAGCGUCGAUCCGCGAGCUGGGGGAGCUCGCCCAGCCCCUUGUCCGCGGCGGCGACCUGGGAGCUGCGCCUUUUGCGCCCGGCUCGUUGCCGGAGCUGCCUGGCGGGCCCGUGCUGAUCCUAGGGGCCGGGUGGGUCGGCUCGCGGCUGGCAGCGCGCCUGAGCCAGGAGCGCUGCGCGCGCGUCGCGGUCACAAACCGCCCCGACUGGCGCUCGCGCCAGAAGGAGGCGUACUUCGCCCCGGUGCCCCUCAACCCGCCGCCCGUCUCGCGGCACGCCUUCGACAUUGAUGCUCCGGAGACGUGGGACGCGCUGCCAGAGCCCGAAACUCUGGGCGCCGCGGUGCUCACGUUUGCGGCGACGGCGGAUCAGCUGCGCCCCUUUUGGGAGCGGUACUUGCGGAAGGUCCCGCGCACGGUCGCCUACUCGUCGACCGCCGUCUACCGCGUCGACGUUCCAGGGCAAGAGGUGGACGAGACCACCCCGCUUCGGCCAACCGCACGCGCCGCCGCCGACGCGUUCCUGCUGCAGCGCGGCGCGACGGUGCUCACGAUCUCGGGCAUCUUUGGCGAGGCGCAGGACGCGCGCGGCGUGUGCACAUGCUUCGCCGCAUACGCCUCCGCGGGCGGCGCGCUCAACGGGCAAAAGAGCGUCAACAUGGUCCACGUGGACGACAUCAUCGCGGCGACCGCGCACGCGCUCGACGCCGAGGACGCUCUCGUGGCCGGGGCGAGGCUGAAUGUGGGCGGCGGCGUCUUCAAGCUGCACGAGCUCAUGAGCCACUGCAAGUACCCGCAGGCAGCGGAGGCGGCUCACGCCAGGGAUGACACGGACCUCUCCUCGAAGGCCGUCCUCUCCACGAGACUGCUACAGACGGUGAUGCCACGCGACUUCAGCUUUGUGCCGCCGCUCGAGUCCGCUGCCGCCGCCGCCGCGCGCCGCGCCGCUGCUCUCGCCCCCGAUGCCGUCGGCCCUUCUCCCGCCGCUAGCCCAGCAGCCGAUUCGGCGUGACUUGCGUGGAGGCAGCGCAAACCGGGUACCGGCCCCGCGGUGAACUUGGCGAACGCCGUCGCCAUGGCACAAGACAACAACUUACAAAUCUCCGUCAGACGACCUGUGUUUCUUGUGAUUCGUGCCGUACAACAGACCGAGAGAAUUCCUACAAAGGAUGCUCUUCCCGUG